AUGAUCAUUGAACAUACAUCCAAAUGUUUUUCCAUGACAUUUCGCAGAGCAGAAGAAGCUUGCGGGAUGGCUAUCAAGGGUUUGCCAAGACUUUACGUUCAAACAAUCAUUCGAUUAUUUAUUGGUCUCGGCCUAAAUCCUAUGUGCAUCCAUAAAUCUUUACCGGGACCUGAAGACGCGACGAUGUUGAUUGAAUCAAUGGAUUUGAACAACUGGAACAAGCCAAACCAUCGGAGCAGCAAGAAGAGACGAGUCUACCACAUCUUUUGGGGUGAUGAUUCCUCGACAUUUGUUGCUGCUAUGUUCGGAAUGCCCUCAUCUUUACGAUGUAUUGAAGGAAUACAUACACAUUCCGACAUGAAAGAAAGUCCGAUACUCUUUCACGAACCAAAAGUCAGGAGCCAGAAGCAGAUAAAUCAGCCAUGGAAGUUUUCCAUCUGUGGUAAUGUCGGAGUAUGUUGA